AUGAGUGAAUUUAAAGUAGGAUCCAAACUAAAAGAACAAGUAGUCUGUACUAUGCAACCCUUAAUAUUAUGCUUACAUAAAUAUAAUGAUGAUAUAACAAAAUGUGUACCUGAAAUUAAUAUAUUUGAAAGAACUUGUAGUAAGAAAGUAAAUUAUGUUCAUGAUAGGAUUGGCCUAGAUGAUACCAGAAAUACUUUAUAUACAGGGAAAAAAGCUAUUUAA